GACACCCAAUUACUACCAGCUCGGAUUUCUGUCUACCGGGAAGGAAAUAAGGAAGUAACAUGGCCAACAAAGGCGUGGAACCACGUGCCGCUCGGUCUGUCCACCUCAGAUACAAAGUGCCCGAUUCCGCCACUUCCGCCCGAAACACCAUUUGUGUCCGUCGUUGUCAGACCGGUACAUAUUUCUGCGCUAUCAACUUCCGGUGUGGAUAUAUGGGGAUUCAACAGUUGUAUGACGGGAAAAAGGUUGUUAUAUUUUCCGUCUGGGAUAAUAAGACUGAUGAUGACCCGGAUGUUGACCGACAAGCAAAGGCUACAUACAAAGGUGAAGGUGUAGACAUCCAGAGAUUCGGAGGUGAGGGCACGGGCCUUCGGUGCCUUUUACCAUACAACUGGGAAAUAGAUGAAGAUACACCAUUCCGAGUGGAUGCAGAGACGGACGGCAAAUGGACAGCCUACUCCGGACAUUACUUUGACCAGAGGAAGAACUCGUGGUUCCAUAUCGCUACGCUCAAGACUUUGACAGAAGGAAAGUUGAUUUGCGAUUGUGCCGCAUUCGUUGAAGAUUUUCGGCGCGACGGGAAAAGUUUUCAUGAGAAAAGGAAAGCAUGCUUUUGUGAUUUCCAAUUCUUAGUAGGAGAUCGAUGGACGAAAUGUGACGAGGCACGCUUCACAGCUGAUCAAAACCCAGUCUUAAAUAUCAAUGCUGGAUGUGAGGGGAAUCAGUUUUUCGUUUUGGAAACUGGUGGUGAUACCUGCAAUUGUGAUACACCCCUGAAUGGUACUGUGAAAAUUGAAUGAAUAGAUAUGAAAAGAUCAACAUGUCAGAUUCCAUAUGUUUGUAUACAAUGUAUAUAAUCGGUUAUCAACUCGCUUUGACAAUCAACCUUCACGUGGAACUGAUUCUUCGCUUGUCUCUAACUUUCAACAUUAAUUACCAAAAGCCUUUUGUCUAUUUGUGGCUAUCUUUAUUGUUUGACAAUUUUUGCUCUUAUGUUCAACUCGGCUACCUUAGUUAUAAAAUAAACAAAAUACAACAAAUUAUGUGAAAAAAUGUAAUAUUCAAUCAUGACCCAAUGAACUGUUCAGCUGUAAUUUAGAUGAUUUGAAUAUUCAAAAACUUUUAAAUAGAAUCUCAAUUUAUAUGUUUUUAUUAAGUAUAAGUUAUUCAGCAGCAAUUUUAAGAAGUUAAGCUCCCGAUCCUCCUUCUAUUGAAGGAUACACGUGUAAUGACCAAAAGUAUCUUUUCUCGUUUGAAACGAAUGACAAGUCUUUUUAUUAUUUUACUCUUAUGUUCUUGUAAAUAUUUUUGUAUGUUUAUUACAAAUAAUAUAGCCAGUGUUACCCAUACCAGUUCCAAGAUUUUUUUUACUUCUGUCCCCUUGCCUUUCUCUGUACAUGUGUCACAAAUUUCAAGUUUACAAUACAUGUAGCAAAAUGUGCAUUGAUUUAGUCUUGUACAGAAUGGCAAUCGGAACUUAUUAUUUUAAAGUGUAUGGCAAAUUAAUUUUUGGUAAUUAUAUUUGGUCACCGAC